AUGCUGGUGGGCUAUGAUGUCAAGAAACAGGAGCUGGUGGCGUGUAUUAUCGACUAUAUCCACAAGUAUGAUUUCAUGAAGAUGAUGGAGCACGCCGGCAAGCGAUUGAUCCAGGAGGAGGGCGAGAUCACGGUGCUCAACCCGAAACACUACCGCAAGCGCUUUUGUCUGGCCAUGAACAAGUAUUUCGUCACCAUCCCGUCGCGUUAUACUAAGGUGACGACUGUUGUACGAAACACGGCAUCCACCACAACUGUCGGUAGCACUGGUACAACUACCCAAGACGAGGACAAGGACAGAGACUUCAUUCAACCUCCGUACAGCACCAGCACGAAUGCCAGUAGUGUCAGCACGAUCGCAUCGGUUGUGGGCACUCAUCGCCGCCAGCUUUGA